AUGGAGUUCGAUUUCAAUUCAAAUUACCCAGUAUUGGAAGGAGAGAGAUUAGUUUUAAAGAGAAUAACUAAAGAUCAUGCAGAAUCAGUGUUUCAAAUCAAAUCUGAUCCAAAGUCGAUGAACUAUGUACCCAGACCACUAUCUAAAACAUUGCAAGAUAUUUACGAUUGGAUAGACAAUGGCGAUAAGCUUAUCGAGUCAAAGGAUAUGGUAAACUUUGGUAUGUUCCUCAAAGAGGAUCCCAACACCUGUAUCGGUAUCAUAGGUUACGUCAGACUGAACAAAUCAUGCUAUCGUGGUGAAAUAGGCUACGUAUUACACUCGAUUCAUCAUAGAAAAGGUUAUGCCUCUGAGGCAUUGAAAUUGCUAAUUGACUUUGGUUUCAAUGUUAUGAAAUUUCAUACUAUUGAGGCACAUAUUGAACCGUCCAAUACACCAUCGAUUGGAUUAGUGGAGAAAGCUGGUUUAAGAUUAGAAGCAGAGUUUAAAGAGAAUUUCUUCAAUCCAAUCGACAAGUGUUUCAAAGAUACAAAUGUCUACUCUCAAAUGGAAUUUGAUUCUUCAUUUGAAUCAUGUUGUAAAUUCGGAUUUUUUAAAGGUGAUAGAGUAGUUACAACUGUUGGCUGGGCAACUGUUCUUGGCGUUAGAGAUAAUCAUUUAUGGUAUCAGGCAGAUUGUGAAACAAGGUUUAGAAAAUUGGAGGGUUUUGGAUUAACAACUUUCAAAUUGAAUGACUGUGAUGAAAAUGACUAUAACAAUGACUUUGUAGAUAGUAUUGACUAUGGUGAUAAUUAUUAUAAUUCUGGGAAUAACAAUAGUAAUAUAUUAGACUGUAAUCAAAGUAAUAUCAGCAUUAUAAAGGAACAAUAUCGUAAUUUUAUAAUUAGAAAAGUAUUAUGUCAGAAACAAUUGUUCAGAUAUAUCAUUCGAUCAUAUGAUACCUAUGCCUAUAGAAAAGGUAAGUUUUCAGAGCAAUCUAAACGUGGUUCGAUAGUUUUCAAUCUUGGAAGUUGGUGGCGAUUCACCUACAAUGAGGUGUUCUCUGUCGAUUGGAUGUUGAGGAACCACCAUUUCGGACUGCUAGCAGACAAACUUAAGCGUGAACCUCACAAGCUUUUCUACCCGGAUUUAUUUACCAUGAAUUUACUCGAUAGCAUCGAUAUAAUUCCAUUCGAUGUCUUUAAGCAUCUCUUUAGAAUCUAUGGUGAUUCGAUUAAGUGCGAUCACUUCUAUAAUCCACUGGUUCAGAAUGCAUUUCUUUUUGGUCGUAAAGACAUUGUUGAGCAUAUACAGAGAAGCAUACCGACCAAGUUAUUUAGAAAGUCAGAGAGUGUAGCAGAGGUAUCAUUCGUCAAUGCGCUGAAUAACAAUCAUUUGGAGUUGGUACAGUUUUGUGUUGACAAUUUCGAUGGUAUACUUCACAAGCAGGUGAAGUUGGAACCCGUUAAGAAAACAUUGGCAAUGGCUAGAUAUCUUUCAACUCUAAAGAUGGAGCUGCUAAUGAGCUAUAUCGGUAGUGUUCGACCCCUGCGAUAUUUGAUCAAGUUUGGUGAUGUUUCACUGUUCCAGACAAUAAUAGAGUCAAGCUUUGCACAAAUACUUUUACAAAAAAUGUAUUUUUCGUCGCUUGUCGUUGCCAUCGAAAAGAUAUUCUACAAAGAUCUCAACAGUGAUGAUUCCUUUACACCCACUGCCAAACAUUUACAGCUGUUAGAGUUGAUAUUAUCACAACACUUUGGAAUAAAAUGGGAGAACAAACAUUUAAACAAGAUCGAGGGUGUACCAGAUUCACUACAGUAUCUCAUAGAUAUCUAUCAUCUAAAGAUAGAUGUAAUCGAUAGUCAUCCAGGAGUUACGAGAAUCAAGAAAGUAACCGAUAGAAACAACUGUCUAUUUAGAAAAUCUUUCUUUAAGUUUCUUACGAUUAGCAACAAUCGGUUGUUAAAUAGACAACUGACAGAGUACAUUAUCAAUAAUAGUUUUGAAUCAAUCUAUAAUCAUGGUAGUUCAGAGUUAAUUAGAUUGGCAAAUAAUAUUAGAUCGUUGGAUAUCAAUGGAGGCACGAAGAAACCUUCUUCUAUCAGUGUAACUAGUCAUCAUACAAAAGAGAUAAUAGAAAUAAUCAAAGAGUUUCAUCAUCCAAGAAGAAUAUCGUGGGUGCUGGCAGAUACAGAUGAUUACGAUGGUUUGGGAAUUGGAUACCUGUUAAAGACAUUCAAUAUUAUUCCAAGUAUGAAAACCAACAGGUAUGAUCUUAGCAAGUCAUUGUUUAGGCGUGAUCUCUUUGAGUUUGGUAACUUGGUGACACCGGAAAGACAUCUAAAGCUAUCGAGUAACAUCGAGAUAUUCAAGAGUUCGCUACCAUCAUUACAGUCACUUCAGUAUAUACAAUCGAUCAACUCUGACUUUACAAAUAUUGCAUUUCAAUCGGUAGAUCAAUGGACCAAACUAGAAACACUGCAAUUCUACUUGGUGCACUGUUCGAAAACCAUAGGUAAUACCUACUAUCGAUUCUUGAUUCGUGCGAUGUUAGACGCUGUUGCGUGUGGUCGUCUGGAUUUGGUGAGAUGUCUCGAUCAUGUUCAACCGGCAUUGUUAUCGCUAAACACUCAGCCUCUGGAGAUAGCGAUUCAAUACAACCGCUACGAUGUAGCAGAGUUUAUCAUCACUCAAAAGAUUGACAGUCAAACACAUCUACAGCCAUCGCUCUUCACUAUGCUGCCAUUCAAUCUCGAUUUGCUAAGACUGUUUGUUGGCUGUCAUUACGAUCGUUUGGCGAGGUUCGACUACAACGACAGUCGUUUGGAAGACAUGGCCAACACCGCUAUUCGACACGGUAGAAUAGCAGAGUUUUCCUACAUGCUAGAGGUAAUACCGGGUAUCAAUUUAGAUAAAUACUUCAGAAUAAAUUUAUUUAUAUAUUCUUCCGAUCCAAUAAUAAUAAACAUUGUGAUGAGUGUAGUUUUAAUAAUUAAAAUUAGUGGUAUUCAUUAUGAUGUGUUUCAAUUACAAUAA